UUCAGGUUAUAUCAGAAUGAAGUAAGUGCUUGAUCUGUGAUGGUUCAAGGACGAAUAAUUCUUUUUCUCCUCCCUGCUGCUGUAUACCUGGAGAAGGAAUACUUAACCCUUGAUCUGGAGGUGGAAGAUGUUCUCCUACUCCAGAAUGAUUGUGAGCUAAAGGGAAUAAAGGAUAAAUUGAAUAAGACGAAUACAUUGUUCUGGAGAGCAGUUGACAAGACUAGAAACCUACCACACAAUAUUAAUCUAAUUAUACCACCAGGAUUCUGCCAGGACCAAAACUAUAAUAGAACAAGACGGGUUCAGGGUUCGGCUUUUAUCACUAGUUCGCCAAGUUCGAUCGUUCAACCAGGGGCCUGCGGAGAACCUGGAUAUCAACUAAACCUAGGGUUUACUAACACCCGGAGAAACCGGCAGUUGAAUGAGAACCUGGAGAAUAUGGUUUACCUGACUAGGUUUCUGUACGGAGUGUUUCCUGAGCACGGAGUUGAAUCAAGUUCCAUGUUUCCUCUCUUCUACAGGAAUAGAUCAGAGGUUGAGUUAAACUCCUGCACAAAUAUUCCAGUGGAAGGAAACUUCACGGAGCAAUGUAUAACAACCCAGAAUUGUUUGGAUAGAAUAGAAGAAAACCAGAUAAAUGUGACCAGCUCUUUACUAUUCUCAACGGAUAUAAACAAAUUUGAAAAUAUGGAACGGUACUGUACACGCACAACACAUGUACAAUCUUCUCCAACCCUGCAGAACCUGAUCUGCUCAGAGAAAAGUGUUAUGGAGGUUCUAGAUUUCAAGGAUCAGGUUGAGCUCCUAGCUCCGGUAAUAAACAUUCUACAGAGAGAAGAGAUAAAUGCAUUCUUCUUCAUCCUUGAUACAGGAGCGGAGAUAAGACGGGUCUGGUCAGUUUUCCGAGCUGGACUAGCUCCGAGUUAUAAAACUUUGCCGGAUUCAACUAAAUUAACUGUCAGAUAUUCGGUAUCGGACCCCAUGAAUAUUACUGACGUCCAGAAACAGAAUCUUACCGAGGACUUCAUCAAGACCAAGGUGUUUCCUGAGAGCCUUCUAGGGUUUCCUGACCAACCUCUAGCAGGGGUUCAUCUUCUCUACCAGAAUAUGGACCUGAUUGAACAAAUAGGAUUCCCAAAUAUUAUUAUUGUGACGGCAUCAUCAGAAUCAUACUUGGAAACUGAGUAUAAACAGGUUAGCUCUAAAGAUACUGAUACACGGAACUAUAUAUAUUAACUGAGUAUAAACAGGUUAGCUCUAUAGAUGCUGAUACACGGAACUAAUAUAUUAACUGAGUAUAAACAGGUUAGCUCUUCAGAUACAGAUACACGGAACUAUUAUAUAUUUCUAACACAGAAUAUGAUGAACAGCUAGAACUCUUCACAAACAACCAAGUCACGUCAAACUUAAGUAAAUUUCACCUAAAAGUGAAAUCUGUUACGUCUUUAAAUCUUAAAUUUAAAGACCAAAAGCAUUCUGAAUUUCUAAUAUUGUAUA